GCUCUCCUCCACAGUGAUUAACUUCAAAUAUAUAACCUGAAGUUUGAAUUCUUUUUUUUCUUGUGGAGGUGAAACAUUUUUAUGUGUAUACUACAGAGACAUCCAUUUAGUUAAAAUCUAGUUGAUGGCAAGCAAGAACGAUUUGAUACGUUGACGAAGUAAAAUGCCAUCUUUAAAAGCAAUUUUAGCAAUAUUUUUUUCGCAAUUAGUUAGAUUCAGUAUAUGUCACCUACAUAAUACAGAAAAAUCGUUCGUAAUUGAUUACAAAAAUAACCAAUUUUUAAAGGACGGUAAAUCGUUUCGUUAUAUUUCAGGUGGAAUACAUUACUUUCGUAUUCCACGAAUACACUGGCAAGAUCGGUUACAAAAAGCACAGGCAUUAGGGUUAAAUACAAUACAAACAUACAUCGCUUGGAACGUUCAUGAAGAGACACCAGGACAAUACGACUUUGACGAUAAUAAAGAUUUAUUACACUUUAUCUAUUUAGCAGAGAAAUAUAACUUGCUUGUUAUCAUACGUCCUGGGCCUUAUAUUGACGCAGAAUGGGAAUUUGGUGGUUUCCCUUGGUGGUUAGCUAGAGAUCCUACUUUAAAGAUGCGCACACACUCAGACGUAAGAUACAUGGAGCAUGUACGAAACUGGUUUAAUGUUUUACUAAAUCUGUUGAAAUCCAAACUGUAUAAAAAUGGCGGUCCUAUCAUUGCUUUCCAAAUUGAGAACGAGUAUGGAAAUUAUUAUGCGUGUGAUAAAGUUUAUAUGCAACAGUUACAACAACUAUUUUUGAGCAUACUAGGAGAUGAUGUGGUUUUGUUUACAACUGAUGGAUACACUGAUGAUUACUUGCAGUGUGGAACCAUACCGAGUCUUUAUAAAACAAUUGAUUUUGGCACAGAAAUAUCACCUCAAGAAGCCUUUAUGCAACAACGGAAAUAUGAACCACAUGGACCUUUAGUUAAUUCGGAAUUUUACACCGGUUGGUUAGACUACUGGGGUCAACCACACCAAACAAAAGAUCUAAUCAAGAUAGCAAAGCAUUUCGAUCAAAUUUUAUUCUUAAAUGCGUCUGUCAAUUUGUACAUGUUAAUUGGUGGCACAAAUUUUGGCUUUAUGAAUGGCGCGGAUGUGAACAAGAAAGGACAGUUUUUAAUUUCCCCUACUUCCUACGACUACGAUGCUCCAUUAUCUGAAGCUGGCGAUCCAAGAUUGAAAUAUCACGCAUUAAGAGAGGUAAUAAAGAAAUACACCACCAAAGCCUUACGGCCUGUUCCAAAUGCCACUGAAAAAGCACGUUAUGGAAAAUUUCCUAUAAAGUUUGCUUUAACACUUCAACAAGCUAUAUCAAAACUUUAUCCAAAAGGUCCCCCUGUUACGCACGAGUAUCCUUUAACUUUCGAGUCAGUCAAUCAAUCGUACGGUUUUUUACUUUAUGAGGCCCUCAUACCAUCGAAAUAUCGUCACGUUAACACCAUAGAUCUUUUUAUUGAAAAGGUUCACGACAGAUCUACUGUCUAUAUUGAUAAUUACCAUCACGCUAGUUUCCCACGUGGCGCUAUAAAUGUAUCCAUUUCUAGUGGUGAAAAACUUGGAAUAUUUGUUGAAAAUCAAGGGCGUGUGGCAUACGCCAGUAAGGGUAUCCAUUAUCUACCAGAUUCAAAGGGAAUUUUGGGAAAUGUGUAUAUUAACAAAGAAGCAAUAAAAAAUUGGAAUAUAUUUCCUAUGAACGAUAAAAAUAUAAAUAGAUUGGCAAAUGAUAUGUCUAACAGUACUGGCUUCUUACAACAUAAUAUGGAUAGCGGCAUGUUUUACUUUUCUUCUUUCGAAGUACAAAGCAUCGCAGAUACCUACAUAAAUAUGAAUGGUUGGACAAAGGGACAAAUUUUUAUAAAUGAUUUUAACAUUGGAAGAUAUUGGCAGGUUAAAGGGCCGCAAAAAACCUUAUUUGUACCAAAAAAUACCUUAAAUAUUGGCCAUAACAGGUUGUUGAUAUUGGAAUUAGUUGAAGCACCUUGCGACUUCACUGUGCCUCAUCAAUGUUUCAUAGAAUUUGUUGACAAGCCGAUAUUAGGUUAAAACGUCUUGUUGUUUAUAACGCGUACGUACUUGGUUGAUUUUUUUGUUGUAAUUUUUCACACAACUUAUAUGCUUUUGUCUGUAUUCCAUACUCACCUGGAAUAAUAGCUUUUUUAAGAUUGGAAAUUUAGAACCCUGUAAGUGUGUCAUUAAAACUGUGAAUGCUUGAAGAGACCUGGAGACACGAAGGCAGCGUGACUAUAUUAAUUGUGAAAUUAAUUCCAUAAUGUUUAAAAUAAAACUCCAUGACUAAAUAACAAAGUGAAAAUAUAUGUUAAAAGUUGUAUAGAUGCUUUACCGUGAUAAGUUAGCUUGGAAAUGGCGUA